AUGCGUUUCUACAUGAUCACCAUUGCUACGUUCAUUGGCCUGGCACUUGCCUCGCCCGUUGAGGUUGAGAAGAGAGUGACUGACGAAGCUCCUGCGUCCGCAGCCAACGAACAAUUGUUUCACUCUCUGCAGAAUCGACGGUGGAAGUGGAGAUUACUGUCUCAAGAAGUGCUCUGGAAAUUAAGAGCCCUCGCACUUUCCAAGAACAGAGGCAAUACUGGUUUAUGA